AUGAGAGAUCACCUGUUAAUCCUCCUGCUCUUCAUGUGCAUUAACGCCAAUUCGUCUUCUUGGAAAAUGGGGUUUUUACGAAAUGCAUUGAGCAGAGUUAAGACUUCACUGGACAAAGAUCGCCUUGUUGCUAUAAGAAAGGAUUUUUAUUCACUAAGAAGUAAGAUUGCUGCAAAGCUUGCACUAAGCCCAAUACAAAAAGCUGCUUUGGCUGAGAAUCUGAAGAAGCUGAUCCACAUACAAAAGGCUCGACUAAAUGAUGUUGGGAACACGAUUGUCGAAGUAAACGAAAAGGCGCAGAUAGGAGAAUUGUUGUAUCAAGGGGAUAUAGUCUUAACAGACCAACAGGCGAAAGAGAUCCUAGAUGCAGCGAAAGGGAAACGGGAACGACGACAGGCGUAUCGCAAUGGGAAGUAUCCCUAUACUACUUGGCUUUUCGGAGUUUUUUAUUCAUUCCACGCCAAUGCUAGUGCCCGGAUAAAGCGUGUUUUCAAAAAAGGUGCAAUGGAAUGGCAAAAGGAAUCCUGCAUCGAUUUUAUCGAAAGCCCUAAGGCACCAGGACGCAUUGAGUUGAUUAGCGAAGAUGGAUGCUGGUCAUAUGUGGGCAAUAGACACAAGGUGCAGCCUCUCUCAUUAGGCAAGGGAUGUGAAAAUGUGGGCGCCGCCGCACACGAAAUUGGUCAUUCCCUGGGUAUGUUCCAUACUCACUCAAGACAUGACAGAGACGACUUUAUCACUCUCAACACGCAAAACAUUAAGUCCAAGUACCUUGAUCAGUUUGAAAAAGCGACCCCGGAGUUAAAUGACAAUUAUGGCAUAACGUAUGACUACGGUAGCAUUAUGCACUACGGAGCGUCAGGUUUUGCAAAUGAAGGAACAUACUCCAUGGUACCACUUGAUUCGGAUUACACCCAAACACUUGGCUCCCCCUUCAUUUCUUUUUACGAAAAGCUUAUGAUGAACAUACAUUACAAUUGUCUAGAAAAGUGCGGUAAAAAUGCCAAAGCAGCAAAAUGUUCUAUGGGCGGCUUUCCGAACCCUCGCGAUUGCCGCAUAUGUGUUUGUCCAAGCGGCUACGGAGGCAAACUCUGCAAUAAGAGGCCAUCGGGAUGCGGAAAAACCUUGAAAGCUAAACCAUCACCUGAGAAACUCGUGGACGUCUUGGGAGAUGAUUCAAAAGAGAAAAGAGAGAGAGAAGAUUUCAUGUUUUGCCACUACUGGAUUCAGGCGCCAAGAGAAAAGAAAGUGGAGGUCAAGAUGAUGGGCUUCACCGGCGGUAUAGCAAGUGAUGGAUGUUAUUAUGGGGGAGUUGAGAUAAAGGCUCAUAAAGACCAGCGUCUUACUGGAUACAGAUUCUGUGCUCCUGAGAAUGCUGGGAAAACAUUAGUAUCACACUCAAAUCUAAUGCCUGUAAUCACCUACAACAGGGUCAACAAAACCACUACAAUAUUGCAGUACCGUUCCAGUGUAUAA